AUGCCAGGAGAACAUAGAGUAGAAGCACCAACCCACGAACCGAUCUGUAAGACGGUCGAGAUGCACACAGGAGGCGAACCCGUGCGGAUCAUCGUGUCAGGAUUCCCAGAGAUUAAAGGGGAGACCAUUCUAGAACAACGUCGUUACGUAAAAGAACAUCUAGAUCAUUAUAGAAAGUGCGUGCUCCACGAACCACGCGGUCAUUUUGAUAUGUUUUGUGCUCUGUUAGUGAAACCGACCGUAGAGCAAGCUGAUCUAGCGGUUAUAUUCAUGCACAAUGAUGGUUAUAUAACAAUGUGUGGACAUGUGGUCAUAUCAUUAGCAAGAUAUGCUGUUGAUCACGGACUAGUUAAAAACAUUACAUCUCCUGAAACCAAAGUCAAUAUCCAAUGUCCGUGUGGUUUAGUUACAGCUUACGUUGCGUUUGAUGGAAAGAAGGCGGGAGCAGUCAGGUUUAUCAGUGUACCGGCAUUUGUUUAUAGAACGGAUAUUGAAGUAGAUGUGCCCAGGUUCGGGAAACUGAAAGUAGACAUUAGUUAUGGUGGAGCAUUCUAUGCUUUCAUUUCGGCUGAUAAAGUUGGUUUAGAUUUGAAAUCGUCAAAGAUUAGAGAUAUUGCCGAUGCUGCAGAUGAAGUAUCAGCGGCUAUAAAACGUCAGGUGAAGAUUGAGAUGGCUGGUAAUAAAGAUUUAUCAUAUUUAAGUGGAACUAUUUUAACUGAUGGCAAUGAUUCAAUCAAUGGACGUACAUCAUCUCAUGUCUGUGUUUUUGGAGAUCGUCAGGUUGAUCGAUCACCAUGUGGAUCUGGUGUAACAGCUCGUGUAGCUUUACAACACCACAAACAAUUAAUACAACUCAAUCAGACUAAAUCAUUCCAGAGCUGUAGAACUAAAGCUAUAUUUACAGGCAAACCUGUUAAACCGGUUUCUAUUGGUCAACGUCAAGGGGUCAGAGUUGAAAUUUCCGGAAAAGGCUUUUAUUGCGGCAGCUCUACGUUUACAUUAGAACAGGACGAUCUGAUUGGGCGAGGAUUUUUGUUGUAAAUUAUCUACAAACUACAAAUUAUCUAAAAACUUACAAAUAGUACGAACGGGUCUUAGUCAUGUUUACUUUAGAAUUUCUAUCCAGAUUUACAUUGUUGUUAGACUGUAAUAAACAGAACAUUAUUUGGACUGUUUUAUACAAAACAUCUAUCGGA